GUAGAACUUGAGUUGUGGAGGUCGGCAGGUGACUCCUAAGGUCCCACACUCCUUAAGUGGUAGAACCAGGCUUGACACCCUGAUGGGUCUAUCACACCUCAUACCUUACCUCAGCAAAGUGUCUUGAGCUGGAGGCAAGUGAGUCUGGGCCACAAUCCACUGGCAAGGACAGGAGUGCAAGGUCCAUAGCUCAAACGUUUGCUGUGGCUGCUAUUGCUCUUGGGGCAGGGUUAGGGUCUUUGGGACUCUCUACCCUCUGACCUCAUCUUCCUUUCCUACUGCUACUCCCAUAGCACUGAACCUGCAGUCGUUUAUUCCUACAUGCUGGUUUCACAGACUAGACUUGACUUCCCCUCCCCUUUUCUCAUAGGCCCGCCAAGAUGAAGAUGCCCUGGGAGGCUUUCCCACAGGCCAGGCCUCCCUACUGUGGUACCAGGGGCUAAAUGGAAUCUGGCCCUCACGUCCCUUGUCUACUUAGAGCUAGCACCAUGGGUCCUAAGAGACUUGAGAUGGAUCGAUGCCAAAAGCCUCUGAGCUCUUGGAGGUCUGUCCACCUGGGCAGCACUGUAUUUGAGGAAGGACAGGGAAACAGUUCCUGCUGAAGCCUCACCCUUGGGGAAACAACUCCCAGAAGCUUAGUUCCUGGCCUUUCAGCUACCCCCAAGGCAGGGGCUCCAAGGGUCCUGUCCCUGGUCCAUGCUGUUCUGUCCUCUUCUGUGACCCUUUGGAGAGGGGAGCAAGAGCCAGAUAAUGCAGAUAAUGCAGGGUCCCACAGGGCCCUGGACCAGGGCUGUGAUUGACCUGAGCUGGACAAUGCCACUGUGAUGUCAGUCCACUCCUGCUGUGAAAUGGAGGCUCUUGAGUCCCAGGAAUCAGUGAAGCUGACAUCUAAGACAAAUAUGGUGAGUGGUCCUGGACUCUGGCCAUUAGAUUUGUGCCUGACUCCAGAGAUCUGCCUAGAACGGGACCCCAUUCCUCAGAAGGGGCAGACAGUGGGUUACAGGUUCACAAUGGGAGGAGGAAAUCUUUCAGAAGGCUCUGUCCAGGUGUGACUCGAGGCCAAGGCCAGCUUCUCCAGCUGGGGGUUUGUAGUCAAGGGAGAUCUUAACCUCAGCUGCCCCCUCAAAUCAACAGUAGGGAGUCCUCACAUGGCCCAUCUCCCCACCCAAAGCUUCCCUGGUCUCCCUCCGGGCAUGUGGAGUGGGGGGUGCUGUUGGCCUCCUCCCCAUCUCCGACCUGCAGAUAAAGGAGGCGACGCGAUGAGAUAUCGAGGUCCUGAGUGGGCCAGCCAGGGGACUCGAGGCACACCAGCUCAAGAGUGGUGCUGGAAAGGCACCUCUCAUGUUUAUUGAGCAGGCAUCACAUUCUCGAGUGGGUUAGCGAAUUUCUAGACAAUGAUUAACGUGCUUUAGGUCGCUGGGGCAAGUCGUCGCUGGCGCCAGACAAUGAGGGGGUAGCGGUAAGAAACAUCUCGGUUUAGUUUUAGUGAGCUGCGGCCUGCACCAGAUUCCAAGGGAGGCAAACAAUUCCCAUAGAAACAGAAUGAUCUAUGGGUGGCAACCCACAGGGGGCUAGAUCCUGGUCCCAGCCAGGCUCUGAUGCUAGCCUUGUCUUACACAGUGGUGUGUAUGACCUCAACCUCUUCACUAGCCCUCCCAACUGCAACUUGUGCUCUGUCUGCCAUGGGGUCCUCAAGAACCCAGUGAGGUUGCCAUGCAGCCACAUCUGCAAGAAGUGCAUCCUCUGCUGGCUAUUCAGACAAAAGACCUGUCCAUACUGCAGGAAAGAAGUAAAAUGGAAAAAGGUAGUCCGUGUGAAUAAACUCUGGAAGAUCAUUGGCCACUUAGAAGUCAGGCUAUGCAAGAACGCUGAAGCUGGCUGCUUGGUGACGUUCCCCCUGGCCCAUCACAAAGAGCACCAGGACUCAUGACCUUUCGAGCUGAUGGCCUGCCCCAACGAGGGCUGCCCAGCUCGGGUGCCGCGUGGGUCCCUGAUUGAGCACCGGCAGCGCAGCCAGCAUGGUGCCCAGCAGCGCUGCUGUGGCUGUGGGGCCACCCAGGGCCCCUCCAGGCGUGCCCCUCCAGGCUGCCAAAUCUUAGGGCUGGGCGUGCUGCGGCGCAUGAGCAAGGUGCACCGCACCAUCAACCUCUUUCACCGGCAGCUGGCGGCUGGAGACUUCCUGGAGGAGGACGACGCCUUGCUCAUGGGCUCCUCGCAACAGGAAGCCCAGACCAUCCCAGAAGGCAGUACUGGGGCUGAGCUGUGGAGAGCCCGGGGCCAAGAUACCUUGUAAUAGAGAGUAAAUAAACGUGGAGCCCAGGUCCGG